AUGAGAAAAGGUUGUGGUGUCGAGGGAAAGUUGGGAAAACUGCCUCAUUUUCUCUUAACUAAAUUCAUCCACGCAUGUAGGGAUUUAGUGGGUGAUGGAGAUGAAGAAUGUGAUAAGAAUUUCGAUGCCAAUGCUAACCCAAAAAAUCUGCUGAAUAUUAAUUUAUUGUUUGUUAAAGAAACAACAAAACGAAAAGAAUUGGAUGGAAAGGGCGAAUUAUUUACCAUAAAUGAUGAUACGACAAAAAGAAGAAACAACAGAAAAAUGCGAAAGCUCAAAAUGGGAGUGUUGAUGAAAUUCAAUAGCAAAGAACGAAUAGAUUGA